AUGACCAGAUCCCCCUCCUCCUCUCCCAACCUCUCCCACGCCCUCGCGGUCGUCACCCCGCGUAGCCGCCCCCCGCGAUCCUCUACCGAAUCGCCUCCCCGGCACUACCGCGAAAACGACGACCUCUUGUCCAACCUCACCCCGCGCACCGCACUCGAUACCAUACGGAACCCUACGGGGGAAUUCAGGGCAUGCAUGGCUUCCGCAUCUCCAACUGAGCAGGCCUUUGCUCUCCGGGCCGCCAUUGCUAGCAACAAGAUACAGGAAUGGCUCGAUGAGCUCUCAUCGUGGCCCUGGCCGUCCGGCGCAAGCUCCGCUGGCUUUCAGGUGCCCGACUUGAAGAGAAGGAAGUUUGAAUCCGCAUCCCAGCUAGCCAACAAGCUGUACUGUGGCAGCCUGCCUGCUGCCGAAGUUGCCAAGUAUGAGAAGCGCGUGGACGAGAUAUACAAGGACAUGGAGGAGAUCGAUAUCGAGGAAAUCAAGAACCAUGUCCUGCGCAACCAUAUCGUUCCGCUAUCAGCCUUUGGUUCUCCUAUCCUGGGCUCAAGCCGACCUCUCCCCAGCUAUUCCCAUAUGGACGACCUUACAGCAUUUCUUACGGCUACUAUCAUGCAAACCUUACCGAAUUUGGCUCGUCUCAGCAGACUCCUAAACUCCUGGAGCAUUCGAUUACUUGUUUUGAAGAGGGUUCCCGCCUUCUUGGACACUCUCGCUGAUGGAGAGAUUGCCCUGCAAUCUGGCCGGAAUGUAGCUGGAUUGGAUUCCAAUGCUCGCGCGAUACCGAGUAGGCCGCCCUCGCCGCUGUCAUGGGCCGAGUUCAACGUGAUAAAGUCGGUACUGGAAAAGAAAGUCGCAAAGGCCGGUCGCGACCUGGAUGUCAUGCUCGACAGUCUAGAAGGAUGGGAAUACACGCUCCCUGACGAAUGGCUGGACCGAGUAGAGUCUCUAGAGAAACAAUAUGGCGAGUGGGUUGCUGCCUGCGAGCACAAAAUUAAACAAGCAGACUUGAAGAUUGAUGCGCCAACUAAUAGCGACACUGCCGCCAAGCUGGACUUGGAUGAACGAAAACAACAACAGACGAACAAUGCGCCCACGAAUGGCGCAGUUGCUUUGACCGUCCAAGACCAACAAAGCGAUGAUUUGACAGAUAAUAACAAGACCAUAAACGUCGACGUUCCUCCCCUUAUCAAAGUCCACGUUCCUUUAGAGGGAAUCGACGAGAAUGACGCCGAGAAAGGAGAAAAUGACUCCUGGACGUUUGUGGACGAAACUGCGACCCCAGAAACCAAUGAUGAGAGCCUAGUCACAGACGAGCGUCCCCUGGGCGGAUUUGACGGAUCUGAUAUUGAAGGAGCUCCGGCAAGUGGGAUGAUGCCCUCUCCUAACAUUGUUGCUUGUACGAAGGGCUCGAGGCCUCAUUCCUCCAGUCUGAGCUAUGCGACAUCCGAUGGCGAAUAUUUCGAACUAGACCCCUUCGACUCAGAUUUCGACUUCGAUGAUAGCCUCGAACAUGAUCUCCCUGGCUUUCCCCGCUCGAGGCGCGAUAGCAACUUCUCCACCACUUCAACCAUUGUAUUUGGAAAUCGAGUACUCGAGCAGGAGACCCCGGAUCGCUCUCGAAGACGGAGUAAGGAUCUUGACGGCAGUCUGUCGCGGGAUGUCAGCCCUCCAAGCUCUCCUCCACGCUUUAGCAGAUCAAAGUCGAGGCUCAGGUCACUGUCGCGCGGGUUUAGCGACAUGCCAACUGUGGCCGAGUUGCCAGACUUUGACGAGUCGAAUUUCGAGUCAUCGGCCAUCAAUGAGGACGGAAACCCAUCCAAGUCUAACGCCGGAAAUUCGGAUGAAAAGCUGGACCUGCUCCAGCAGCAGAUUAGUGAGAUCUUGGAGUCUGUACCGGCUAAGAUCCGCCUCACCUCUGAACCCUCACCGAUUAAUUUGAAUCCCCCCGAUUUCACUGCCCUAAACAGGAAGUCAUCUAAGCCGGAGCUGCGCAACAGGAGCCAGUCCAGUCUGUCGACAAGGUCUACCUUGUCCUCCCGUGCUGGAACACCCUCCUUUACGCUCGCCCCGGCACCUUCCCGCAGUUCCCGACAACGCAACCGCGGCAGUCAUCGUGAUAUCAAGAUUUACCACCUUACGAGGAACAACGGUGAAGCUCCUAUCAAGCUGUUCAUCCGAUGCGUUGGUGAGAACGGCGAACGGGUCAUGGUACGAAUUGGUGGUGGAUGGGCCGAUUUAGGCGAGUAUCUUCGGGUUUUCGCCAGCCACCAUCGCCGAAACGUCGCGCUAGAGGGCAAGGUGGAGGUCAAUAUGCCUCGUGUAAUAGCUGGUGGUUCUAGCUCACCCACUCGGCCGCCAUCCACACGGUCUACCCAGGAUCGACAAUCCCCUCCAGAUACUCCCUUGAACGUCCGCAAGACUAGAAAGCCUGCGGAGGCAAACGAGGAGAACGCCGGAACACCCAAAGCGACUCCUAAGACCCCCUUUAUUUCGGCUGGUAAAGCGACUGCCGUAUCAUCGCCAAGAGCCCCAUCAGUUGCAGCCCGCUCCCGCUCGAUUUCGACUCGCUCUCGCUCAAGCUCCCGCCUCAGCCAUCGUGGUGAUGAGGAGAUCGUGCUUGGAUUAGCAGGGCCGCGGACGAAGAACAUUGAAAUGAGUGAGGAGGAUAAAGCGUGGGUGGAGGAUAUGAAGGCUAAGGUGCAGAACGCCUCUGGCAUGAACCGUCAAGUGUCGGACUCGCCAGCUACUGCAGAGGGGAAGUUCGGCGACAUGGGCAAGAUUGGCGGGACGAAACGGGUUUUUAAACGUCAGGGCGGGUUGCCAUGA